AAGAUUAUGUGAUUUCUUUGAUUGAUGAGAGGAUUAAGCAAUGGAAAGAUGGUGUUAGGACUAAACAAGAUGACUUAUUAGACGUGUUCAUCAACAUUAAUAAUCCGCGACUAAAUGCUAACGAAAUAAAAGCCCAGAUCCUUAAUCUAAUUCUUGCAGCUUAUGUUAGUGUUUCAAAUAACAUUGAAUGGGUGAUAGCGGAGAUGAUGAACAAUCCGAAGAUUUUCGAUAAAGCUGUCCAUGAGUUCGAUUCGGUGGUGGGAAAGCAUAAAUUGGUUCAUGAAUCUGAUCUACAUCAUCUCAAUUACAUCAAAGCUUGUGUAAAGGAGGCUCUGAGGUUGCACCCGAUUGCACCUUUCAACCUCCCUCACGUGACAACUGCUGACUCUACUGUUGCUGGAUACCUUAUACCAAAGGGAAGCCACGUGAUGGUGAGUCGUACUGGGCUAAGUCGGAACCCUGAAGUCUGGGAUGACCCGUUGACUUUCAAUCCGGACCGUCACAUGAAGGGUAAUAAGGAAGUGAUGUUAACCGAUCACAACCUUCACACGUUUUCGUUUAGCACUGGUUUGCGCGGGUGCCCAGGAGUGUUGUGGGGCUCGACCAUGACCACAAUGCUUCUAGCGAGGCUCGUUCAAGGGUUCAUGUCGGAGUUGCCCCCUAACGAACGAGGUGUUGAUCUCAACGAGAACCUACAUGAUAUAGCAAGUGGCUUUAGCCAAUCCUCGCCUGCCUCAACAUAUUUAUCCCACUCUACACAAUGCUUAACACUCGCUGAAAAAGUUAUCUAUACGUUUAUAACAUGA